AUGGGUGAGGCGGUCGCUCGCAGUUGGAUACAGAGUAUUGGAUCAGACUCUACCGGAGAUUUUUCUCGGGUGCGCGGUUGGCUUGUCGGCCGACUGAACUCGUUUGGAUCUUCAGGGAUAUCUACGUCGGCAUCAAGCAAAUGGCAAGCGGGCUGCCCUGAGAUAAUACCCGGUUUGAGGUCGAAGGCUUUCUGGUCGGCGGAAGACUUCGACUUUCCAUGGGUGACCGACUUCGAGAAAGGAUUCCACGACGUCAGGGAAGAGCUGCUCGCUCUACGGGGACGACGAGGAUUCCAGCCAUACAGGGCGCCCAAUGGCGGAUCGUGCAGUGGAGACUUGGCGGCGAAGGAUGGUGUGGGGAGCCAUUGCCAUGAAGGGGGAGAUUGGAAUGUAUUUUACCUUUUUUUGCACAGCGUCGUCGACUUUUCACAGAAUCGAUCCAUGUGCCCGAAAACGGUGAAGCUGGUUGAAGCCCUGCCACGCCACCACAAACACGCCUUUUUCUCGGCACUGGCACCCGGCACCCAUGUCGUCAAGCACAACGGUGAGACCCAAAGCUGGAGCAAGUAG